AUGACAAAGUUGUUUGUCUUUUAAGACAAGCUCGGCAAGCCCCCAGGUCUGUCUGCUUUCUUUUUUUGCGUUUGGAACGUUUCUUCGCCAAGCUGAAUCGUUUAAGAGAAUUGAGCCAACUAUUUCAUCAUAAGCAGCAGAAACCGUAUUAAAAAUAAGAGUUUCUCUUUGAGCUCACUCGAUCGAGCUCGAGACCGAGUAGCCAUGGAUAGUGAUGAAGAAAGAAAUUAUUAUUGUUUGCUGUUGCUUCUCCUGAGAGUUGGAACCCCCAAGCUGCGUGCCUAUUUUAUACGCAAAUGGGACUCAGCUGGACACAGGCCCUGGAUGGACUGCCCACAGGAUGGAGCUGAUUUGACCCGAAUUUGGAAACCUAAGAUACUUCCUUAUGAAAACACCAAAGUCACCUCUGGUGACACAAAAACUUGGGACUUGUUACUUUUUGUCAACAUUCUCUUACCAAAUGAGCCCGGAAAAGCUGUGAAGAGAGCUCUUGAUAAAUUGAAAGAUCUGCGAAACAGUCUUUGCCAUUCAUACGACGCAAAGCUGACGAAACACGACUUCCAAAGCAAGUGGAACGAUGCGUGCAAUGCGUUGGUCUUUUUUGGAGCGAAGUCAGGAGAGUUCAAAAGUGUUAAAAGAGAUGCAAACCGACCCUUGCAAGAACUCAAACCAGUUGUCGUGAAAUGGCUGGCUCAUGAAUUUGAGCUUGUACACAAUGGGCAGCUACAACUUUUGCAAAAACUUGAUAAAUUGGAAAAAGGUCAGUUUACGUUGCUUGAUGCAAUAGAGCAAACUACAAAAGCAACAGUUGAGAGGAUUUGCGAAUUUGAAAAAAUUCAGCAAGCGACAGCAGAAGGUACAAAUCCCGUGGAUUCAGAUAAUCGUUAUCGUUCGACAUUAGAACAACCAAGUAAAUCCGGAGUAACCAAUCAAUCAGCGGCAUGUGAAGCCGAGGAGCUAAAGAAAUAUUUGAAGAGAUACUAUCGAACAGGAGAAAGGGCUCUUUUACUGCCUUUGCCUUGGAUGGAAGGUGAUCAGUUCCACAUUGAAAACAUCUACACAUCAACAAAAUUGGUGAAAAUGAAUACGAAUCAAGAGUCUUCACUAGAGAAUAUGUUCUUCAAGGAGGCGACCGAUCACAGAAACGCGAGACGCAUACUGAUAGAGGGUGAAACAGGGAUAGGAAAAUCCGCCCUUUGCAAGAAGAUUGCAUAUGAUUGGAGCAUGAAUAAAAAUCCUCAAUUGUUUCCAACUUUUGAGGUUGUCUUGUCCCUCAGAUGUCGUGAUUUCCACACUGGCAGUAACCUGUGGGACGCUAUUGAGAAGCAGAAUUUCUCUGAUUGUCUUAAAGAAAAGAAGAAUGAAAUUUUCGAGUACAUAGAGAGCAACCAAAGCGAUGUGCUGUUGAUAUUGGAUGGUUAUGACGAGAUUCCAGACAAGAGUGCUGACACUAUGAAACAAAGCAUUGAACGACUGAUGGAUGGCCAACUGCUUCCACAUUGUUAUGUAAUCGUGACCUCUCGCCCAGGAAAGAGUUCAGAGAUACGAAACCAUUUUGAUAGGAAGCUGGAAAUAAAAGGAUUCGAACUGAACGAUUCUUUCACGUUCAUCAGGCGCUUCUUUGUUUCUGCACCAAUAAAUGCUAGUCCUUUCAUUUCGUUUAUCGAAAGGUUUGAAGAUGUCAAGGAUUUGGUGCGCAGUCCAUUAAAUACUGCCAUUCUUUGCCUUCAAAAGAAAGACAACGAAGAACUAAGUAUUCGUAGUCUCAACGAGGAGAUAAUAUUCAGUAUUCUCAAACGAUACUGUGUUGAAAAGUUGGGACAAAAAGUGAAUGAUGAUGAUAUACCAGGUGUAAGAGAAAAACUUUACACCCUCGGCAAGAUGGCUGUCAUUUUGAAGAAAGAUGACCGUGGCAAUGAGUUUGAAGAAAAUGAGUUUCGAAACAUAGUUAAUCCUGCUGGAUGGCCAUGUGUUGCUUUCUUCGUUGCGAUUCUCAGUGCAAUUUGGUCUUGGAUUAGGAAAAAAUUCCGCAAUGAGAGCUUAAGAGAAAAAGUGAGUGCUACUGACUUAAUUGGAGAAUUUCUUGUUCACAAGAAAACAGUAGGCACGAUAAAGACAGUUUCAUGUUAUACCUUCCUCCAUGCGUCCCUCAAAGAACGUCUUGCUACAGACUAUGUCAAACAAUCUUUUAGAAAGAUAGAUUUCAGCGAGUGCACGUUUAUUUUGGCUUUCAAGAACUGGGCGACCUUCUUGAGAGUAAUUUGUCUUAUUCGCGACGUGUUAAAAAGUUGCAUCGAGGAUAAAACUCUAAGUUCGCGGGAUAUCGUACAAUAUGUGCUAGCAUUUUUGUUGAUGGUUAUUUAUAUUGGCUUUAUUAUAUUUACUUACAGAGGCUGGAUUAAUUCAAGAAGCGAACUCAAAAUAACCUAUCAAAGAGUAAAUUAAAGUUGCUCAUAGUUUUGGCUUCAUGAGAGAGAAAAGGUUUAGCUCGAACUAAAAUACGUCAUUAUUUUAUAACUUUUAUAACUGUCAAUAGAAGACAGAAGACCAACCCUACUCUAUAAAAUGGGUUAGAAAACUAGUAAUGUAAUGACAAUCAAUGGACUCUUAGUAAUUGUUAGAUAACUGUCAAUAGAAGACAGAAGACUAACCCUACUCUAUAAAAUGGGUUAGAAAACUAGUAAUGUAAUGCAAUCAAUGGACUCUUAGUAAUUGUUAGAUAACUGUCAAUAGAAGAUAUAAGAAAGAAAACCAACCUUACUAGAGUACUAAUUAGUACUAUUUCAUACAGAAUCCUUUGUUUUCUAUUGUUUAAUUAUCACUAUUUAGUGCUAAAAAUUAGUAUUUGUUUCACGGAUUUAGUGUUAGCACUCUAUAUAAAUAGGUUGGAAAAUUAUACAGUAAUGUAUAAUGACCACCAAGUCUUUUUUUAGUGUCUUAUUAAUUGUUAAAAUAAUAAAAUCAUUAUUUUAAGGUGCCUUGUGAUAUAAUUCGUAGCUAGCUCGCACAAACGGUGCAGAUAAAAAAAUGCGAGGAA